UGGUGUGUAACAGCUUAGAUAUUUUUAAUGCAAAUCAAAAUAAUAAUAAUUGUCCCUUAAACCUACACCUAGACGAAAUGAAAAGGACUUAACUUUUAUGGAAAUGUCAAAUUCAUGUUGAAUAAUACGUUGAUUAAUGACGUUAAAUAAAAUGAUGUGGGAUAUAUUCACGAUCAAGAUAUCUUAAAAGGACACAGAUGAGAAAUAUAAAAAGUGGAGAUGCCAUGGCAAACUAUUCCAAUGCGAUUAACAUAUUACAAACCAAACUGGCGUCUGCUUACAUCGAGUGUCAUCCUUUUACUGACGAUAUUCACUCUCAUACAUAUUGCCUCGGAUAUGGUGGUCAAAUGUCCAUCGUGUGUAUCCAUUAGAUUAUUUCACAGACGUAAUGUAAAAUUUGAUUUCAACUAUGAAAAAUAUUUAAAUAUGACUUGGAAAAGUAAACAGGAAGCCAUUCCAUUGUUGACAAUGUUUACAACAUGGAACCCGUCCAUGCAGAAACCAGUUGUGUAUACAAAUGCAGUGAAUAACUGGCAUUCCUUAAGCGGGAAUGUUAGAACUAUUGCCUUCACAAAUGAUAGUGAAAUAGAAACUUUAGCAAAAGAGGGUGGUUGGAAUAUAUUGCCUAUUAAAGAAACCGCGUGUUUUGGUACACCAAUUUUGAGAUCGAUGUUCCGUGAAGCAAUGGAUUUACCAACAAAAUCAAAACUCUACGCAUAUGUUAAUGCUGAUUUAGUAUUUAAUGAUGGAUUAGUAAAAACACUGAUAGAAAUAACGAAGAGUCCUUAUUUCGAAAAAGGACCAAUUCUCGUUGUGGGUAAGAGAAUAGACGUGAAUAUAUCGAGAUUGCACGAACCGGAAAUAAAUGCUACUGGUGAUGUUGACGAACUAGCAAAACAUGGCAAUAUAUCAUGGGGAUUUGCAGCUGAUUAUUACAUAACAAAUGAAUUAUUUCCAUGGGAAUUUGUUCCAAAUUUAGUCAUAGGUAGACCGCUCGUGGAUAAUUGGCUAAUUUGGUAUGCAAGACAAAUUGGUGCUAAAGUUAUAGACAUAACUGGAACCGUUUUAGCUGUACAUCAGUUAGCUAAUGGUUUGAAGAGAAUUCAUUUUAUGUGCAAUAAAGCCGAAAUGUGGAGAGCAGGUUUAUUGCCAAAUACGCCAAUUUGGAAGGGCAUGAUAGAGUGCGCCUCGUAUGAGACUAAAUAUAAUAGCAAAGGAGAGGUUAUUAUUUUACCAAAGCUAAUAAUGCAACAUAUAUGUAAACAUGAUGAGGUUAUGUUUCACUAACAAAUUUGGUUUUAGGAUUUUAAAGUCAAAUUACGUCAUAAAUUUUACCUGAUCGGGCACAUGUAGGAUCACGUAUGGUUUAAAAAAAAUAGUGUAGAGGCAUUCAUUAUAUCAUUCACUAUUAUCUUGAACUGAAAAUCGGGCACAAUAACGUAAUACUUAAGUCACGCCCGUUCAGGUCAAAUUAGAAGAGUAAAACAUAGCUCAAAUCUGUGAUAAUUCAUUUCUCUAUGGGUUAUUAUGAAAAUUUCAUACUUGAAUAAAGUAGAGCAAAUUGAAUGAGAAAAUACAAGAAUUUUCACAACUAUUUGAGAAAAAAUGUAUCGUGCAAUCGCUUGACUUCGUAAUAGUCUAGAAACGUUUAGUCACCUUGCAACCCCUAUACUUGGUAAAUAAUUGAGUUGAUAUUGCAGGUAAACAAUUUACCGUAGCCUAAUCGAUGAAUCAGUCUAAAAAUUAAUCUAUUUCGACACUAUAAAGGCCAACCUGGUUUGGAAGUAAGAUGUGACUGACUCCUUUAUUUAUUUAAAAAAACAAAAAUUCUUUGUGAUGAUUCUAAAGAUGGUUAUAUACACUUUAUUUGCCAUAAUUAGCAUUGGGGUCUUUUAUGAUUUCUUACCGGGAAGUAAGAUAGUUUAAACAAGACAACUCAUUGUCGGCUUAAAUUUUUUGUUAAUAAUUUUUUUUUUUAAACGUACCGUUUCCAGGUCGCCGUUUUUAUCAUUACUUAUUUUACUACUUGAAAUUGCACUAUCACUGUGAAUUAUUUUUAAACGGAACUCUUCAUUAUAACAUUUUGAACUUACAAACUACAUCAAAUUAAAACAUCAUUGAUGCGUCCAGUAAACAAAAUUAAAAAGAUGUCGAUCUCAUGAAAUUUAUUUUAUAUUUUAUACCUAAUGGGUCAAGACCAAAGAAACCUCUUACAUAUGAACAACAAAUAAAUAUAGAGCAAAUUAAAUGUUUAAUGCUUUGAUUUGGCAAGCAAGAGAGUAACGCUCCCAACACAUCAUAUACUUUCAAUGAGAAAACGAAAACAGUAAACGGCUACCUAUUUAUAUGGUUUUAUACUUUAUAUACUGGCAGUACAUAUGUUUUGUACUUCCAAACAAUAUUGUCAACAGUUUUAUUGUCCUCCAAAAAUGGGAAAUGAAGCUAUUUAUUAUACAUAUUUUACAUAAGCAAGUUUAUCAUGGAGUUAUGCGCACUUUAUAUUUCAUAUGUCAUUUAAAAUGUUGCUUUAUUAGCUUAAUACAUUUUGUUAUCCAUCAAGAUUGAACUUUCAUGAUACUCAACAGAAUUUUACAUAGGUACACAAACAAUUUAAUGUCAACCUAUGAUGUAAUUUGUAUUACAGUUUUGUUGAUUUCAUUGUGAAAGUGCUAUUUCGUUUAAGGGAAAAUUGAUUUUAGUUAGUAAUCAUUUUAGAGGUAUGGAUGCAGUGGCGGAUUUAGGCACCCCUGGACCCCCCUUAUGGAGCUACAUUUAUGGUUAACCCAGACUUUGUACCUGUUCAAAUUCAAACUUUGUCUAGUUUGGGGGCCCGUGGGCCUCCCUUCUUCAAAAUCCUCGAUCCGCAUCUGGGGUGGGAUAAUGAUUUUGAAUCAUGAAACUUGUUAACUCAAAAAUUUGGUGAUGUUAGGUUUUUCUUCUAACGAAAAAAUGUAAAAUUGAUAUGUGUUUGAUAUUUUCACAUCCAGACACUAUUGAUUUCAAAUAAUCCUUCCAUGUCUCCCUCCUUAAAUAUCGAAUGUCUGUUCCUUUAAACGGUAAACCAAUUUUUAACAUAUGUCUCAAUUUAAUCUCAUUUAGAUAUAUAAUCAUAGCUUGAGUAUCUGAAGCGGAAUGAAGUAGAUGACUUUGACAAAUAAAACAUUUAAGAACUUCGUUGACCAACUGGUUUCGGAGGUUGUUGGAUACUCCUGUAUGUAUGACCCUCCUCAUUAUAGACGUCAGAGAUCCGGAAUGUCUUCUUAAAAAAUUUCAUGCCAAUCUACCUGUACGUGAUAAAGCAUUCCAUUCACUCGCUAACUCACAUAAUGUCAGUCUUUUGCCUAUAAAAUUGUAUGACUGCUAUGAAAUGUAUCAGAUACGAGAGCGGCUUUGGACGUAUAAAACUAAACUUGCGAUUCUACUAAUCUCGCCACGUAUAAACAGUUCGUGGAUUUCGUUUAGUAGUACUUGCUGUAGUGGAUCAACA